AGCCGAUGCGAUGUCGGUCAUGGGAUGAGUUUAGGACAUAAAUACGGGGUAGAUGAGGCGAUAAAUGAGCAUAAAUGAGCACGGAUGAACGGCAUGGAAACUUUUGUUUUGGACUAUUGGCUGGAUAGAGAGAUUCAGUGGUGGACGAGAGUGGGGAACGUGACCAUUACGUUGGAUUUUUCUGUCUGUUUUGUUUUUCACUUCUCGUCUUAUUCUUUUUGCAUGGAAAAUCAUUGGCUGGAUCGGGCGCGACCUUUGAUCUUUGUAUGGGUUCUCCAUUGUUUUCCUCCUCGAGGAUUGUCUUGCAUAGCGCGAAAGCUGAUAUUUUUAUCACAAUGGGUUGCAGCACUUUGGGCGGCGAAAUUGUGCUUUCUAGUUUUAGAAGGUGAGCAUUUUUGUCCCUACCUAUGUAUCUAUGCGUUCCUGCUCGCUACCGGGUUUGCCUGGGGGUUUGCAAAGUUCGUGAAUGACGCUUAUCAUGCGAUAGUCAAGCUGUGUCUUGACAGUUUACCGUACUCUGGUGUGGUGUUGCUCUAUUCGGUAUUCCGUACUUGUCACUUCUUUCGAAACGGUGCUAGUACGGUAUAUGGCAUUUCUUCCCAACAGCUUGGCGGCGAUAGAUAACUUUCGGUGUUUUUGUUUUUUUGAGGGGUUCGUUGUCUAGACCCCCAAUGCUUGGUACCUACCUUAGCUCCCCCC